AUUGGUCGUAAUGCAGCGAGCAUCAUUGAGAACGAUAGCGAUGAAUCAUCGGAGUUUGCACUGGCAACCUCGCCGAUCGUUUACUAUGGCGACGCGAUUGUCAAUAUCGGUGAGCCAUUUUCGAUAACGUGCGUCAUACCGAUAACUGAGCGGAUACACUGGCUAAAGAACGGGGAGUCGAUAACGCGCCACAAUUUGCGGCACGGCCACGACGAGCACUCCUAUACACUGUCGGAGAGCGCCAUCGAAGGCGAGAAGCACAAGAUCGAGGCCCAUCUGAAGGUGCGGCACGCCCUGAAGGUGCACGAGGGCCGUUAUCAGUGCAACAACAACAAAAAUCAUCGUCGCGACAGCGGCUUUCACAUGCUGCACGUGCACAACAAGCAGCAACAAUCGGAGACGCCGACGGAGAGCGGUUAUCGAACUAUCGAUGAGCUGACGCCCAGCUCGGCCGAUGAGAUAUUUACGCGCACAUGGCAGGAGCAGCAGCAGCCGCAACGGGGCUCGGAAUCGCCGUCCCUAUCCUCCGCCAAGCAGCACAAUCAGCAACAAGGCAAUGCCACAGGCCACGGCUUUGGCUUUGGCUAUGGCAGCUACGAGCCGCAGCAGCCGGCGACAACGCGUAGAUACAACGAAUUGAGCACGUGGCAUGCCGCAACAACAACAGGUGACGGCGGCCAGGCUGGUGUUAAUGGCAUUCAUCGCAUUUAUUCAGCCACGCCGCCAGAUUUUCCACCACCCCGCCUCAGUCUGCUGGAGCAUACGGUGGCGCCACCCGAACCGCCCACCAUACAGCUGUACAAUCAAACGAUGCCGAUUUAUCGAACGGCAAUCGACACUGCCACAGCGCAUCAUCGAGCGCAGCAUCACCAGCAACAGCAACAACAACAGCAACUAAACAAUUUUCAACUGCCGCUGCCGCCGCAGCCAAUGCAACCUACACAGCAUCAUAAUGAGAAAUAUCAAACAUAUUCACCGCAAUUUGUGCCGCCUGCAGUGGGCGGCGGCGGUGUUGGUGUUACCGUUGCAACGGUGCCCACAGUGCACACAGCGCUAACAACCAGCUACAGCAACAACAUCGGUUUAGUGCAGCAGCCCAAGACGUUCUUGCCUAUUAAGAAGGGGCCAGAUUCCUUGGUGCCAAAUUAUGACCAUGUGGAGCGUCAACUCAAAUUUUACGAUAUUCGAAAUCCGCUUGUGCUCAGCUGCAAUGUGAAAAAUGUGGAGUCCGAUGAUCCACUCAUAUGGAAAAAGGGCGGCGUCAAUGUGACGGAUGUCCCCUCACUGAGAGGUCGAUUUAAACUUAUCCAUGCCGAAAGAAAGUUCAUAAUUGACAGAGCGGAAGCUCACGACGAUGGUGACUACAGUUGUGAGUUCAAGGGUGUGUCCAAAGAUAUUCACGUGAUUGCUCGCAUGGUCGUUCGAGUGCCUUCAAAUUAUGGUGUUGUAGAGGGUGAGAAAAUGAUGAUCCCCUGCACAGUUCUCGGUAGCAAUCCUCAAUUGUCAUGGAGCUUUGGCAAUUACACAAAUAUCACAAAUAGCACAGAUCGUUAUAUAUUGAAAGCGGAUGAUAAUAAAAUUGAAAAUGCAAUUUUAAUGAUUGAGAACGUUACAUUGGAUGAUAGAGGCGAAUACAAAUGCCAUGGACGCAAUGAGGCCAAUGAUUAUGGCAAUAGCACCGUUGCCACCGAUGUUGCAACCGUUCGUGUUAAGGGCAAAUAUGCUGCCUUGUGGCCUUUUCUUGGCAUUUGUGCUGAGGUUUUGAUACUUUGUGUGAUCAUUCUUAUCUAUGAGAAGAGACGCAAUAAGAGCGAACUGGAAGAGAGUGAUACUGAUCCACAAGAACAGUAAGUUGCCAACAACAACAACAACAACAACACCAAGAAAAAAAACCCCAACAACAACAACAUGAAAUCAACAAACAAC